UUUUACUCCUCUCGGCAAGCGUAUAUGUAAGCCAACAGAUCAAGCCAAGCGGGAAAGCAGGCACGCGCGCACAGCACACUCGUCUCGUCCUCCACACCCACCUCGCCUUCGCCUUCGCCUCCGCCGCACGCAACAGCCCACCAGCCACCCCACCUCACCACAGCAGAGCGCCCAUGGAGAUGGAGCGGCGGGCGAGCAGCAGCAGCAAGCGCGCGUCCGGCGCACCGCCCAAGGUGGUGGCCGUCCUCGCGGGCCUGCUCGAGCGCGCCGCCAAGCGCGGCGACGCUGUGGAGUGCGGCUUCGGCUCGGCGGCGUUCCGGGGGCCGACGGAGAAGAAGCCGGAGAUCGGCGUGCGGCGGUACGCGGAGCGCAUAUACCGGUACGCCGGGUGCAGCCCGGCGUGCUUCGUGGUCGCCUACGCCUACCUCGACCGCCUCGCCGCGCCGCCACAGGAUGAUGCCGGCGGCGAGGAGGUGGCCGUGGACUCGUACAGCGUGCACCGCCUGCUCAUCACCAGCGUCAUGGUCGCCGCCAAGUUCAUGGACGACAUACACUACAACAACGCCUACUUCGCGCGGGUGGGCGGCGUGGAGGUGCGGGAGAUGAACGGCCUCGAAUUAGAGUUCCUCUUCGCGCUGCGCUUCCGCCUCAACGUCACGCCCGACGACUUCGCAUCCUACUGCGCCGCGCUCGAGGGCGAGAUGAUGGCCACCACCACGCCGCCGCCGCUGUCUCCGCCGGCGGUCAUGGUCUCGGUCUCGGUCUCGCCGGAGGAGGAGGAAGAAGCGGCCGUCGCGGGAGGCGGCAUCAUCACGGCCUUCGCGGCGGCUGCUCGGGUAUCUGUGGCCGAGAUCACCCAAUGACACGGAGACAACGUACGAGCGAGCCCGCCUCCGUGCGUGGAGGGCAAAAUGGGCAAUGCCUGUGUUACGAUUCUUUCAUUUAUUUUUCAUUUUUUAUACUAGCUUCUUGGUGGGGUGUGUACCAGGUUCGUUGUCAAUUGAAUGUGUACAUUUCUAUCUUUUUGAGCUAUCGAUGAAUAACUUGUUUUCGGA